GACUAUUUUGGAGUCUGUUCAGAGCCAGUGAUCAAAGACAAUGUGGUUGUGGUAUAUGAGGUAUUGGAAGAGAUGCUUGACAAUGGGUUCCCCUUGGCUACUGAGUCAAACAUCCUCAAAGAACUGAUAAAGCCUCCCACUAUCCUUCGAACAGUGGUCAACACCAUAACAGGAAGUACCAAUGUGGGUGACCAGCUUCCAACUGGGCAGUUGUCAGUGGUGCCUUGGCGAAGGACUGGAGUAAAAUACACCAACAAUGAAGCCUACUUUGAUGUGAUUGAAGAGAUUGAUGCUAUCAUUGAUAAAUCAGGCUCCACCGUUACUGCUGAGAUCCAGGGUGUGAUCGAUGCCUGUGUCAAGCUGACGGGGAUGCCAGACCUCACACUUUCCUUCAUGAACCCCAGGCUGCUGGAUGAUGUCAGCUUCCAUCCUUGUGUUCGGUUCAAACGCUGGGAGUCGGAGCGGAUCCUCUCUUUCAUCCCUCCAGACGGAAACUUCCGCCUGCUCUCCUACCACGUCAGUGCGCAGAAUCUGGUUGCAAUUCCAGUGUAUGUCAAGCACAGUAUCAGCUUCCGGGACAGCAGUUCACUUGGACGCUUUGAAAUAACAGUGGGACCCAAGCAGACUAUGGGGAAAACCAUAGAGGGAGUGAUGGUCACCAGCCAGAUGCCCAGAGGAGUCCUGAAUAUGAGCCUCACUCCAUCCCAAGGGGCACACACGUUUGACCCAGUUACAAAGAUGCUGUCUUGGGAUGUAGGAAAAAUAAACCCUCAGAAGCUACCAAGUUUGAAGGGGACCAUGAGUCUUCAGGCUGGAGCUUCCAAACCAGAUGAGAACCCCACAAUUAACCUGCAGUUUAAGAUCCAGCAGCUGGCCAUUUCCGGACUCAAAGUGAACCGUCUAGAUAUGUACGGAGAAAAGUACAAGCCCUUUAAGGGCAUAAAAUACAUGACCAAAGCUGGAAAAUUUCAAGUUCGAACCUGAAAGGAGUCUUGCAGAAGGAACAGUCAUGAACACUUUUUCAUUUCUUACUUGUCUAAAAGUAAAAAUAUCAGUCUGUCUCUUAGAUCAGUCCCCUCCAGGGCUACCUGCUCCCU